AUGGCCACCACUACAAAGCUGAGCGCCACAACAGGAGAGAGUAUACACUCCCAAGACAUGCAAUUGGAUGAAAAGCUCAUUUCCAGUAAAGUUAAAAGCCUAUGUUCUGUUCGCUAUGGAAUAGCCUACGUUGUUCAUCUUUGCAACUUCAUACUGAUGGCACAAUACACCAUCAUGAACAUCACAAUGGUAGCCAUGGUCAACAGCACAGAACCUCAGCCUCAGUUCAACAUCUCCACGGAAGGGCUGCCUGUGAACUCAUUGGGUGACCCAAAUAAAGCCCCAAAGAGUCUUCCUGCAGGGGUUCCUGUGUAUAAUUGGAGCCCUCAAGCCCAGGGCCUCAUCUUUGGUUCUCUCAACUAUGGCAUAAUACUGACUUCGGCUCCCAGUGGAUACUUGGCUGGAAGAGUAGGAAUAAAGAAAGUGGUUGGUGUUGGUUUGUUUGGAUCUUCGCUUAUCAUUCUCUGUAUUCCUCUGGCAGCUGACCUUGGAGUAGUUUUUCUCGUCAUAAUUCGAACAGUCCAGGGCCUGUGCCAGGGAUCAAUAGUUGGGGGUCAGUUUGCACUUUGGGAAAAAUGGAGUCCUCCACAAGAACGAAGCAGACUCUUCACAAUAGCUUUAUCAGGAAUGAUGCUGGGAGCUUUCACUGCCAUCCUCCUUGGUGGCUUCAUCAGUCAAGUCAUUGGGUGGCCUUUUGCUUUUUAUAUCUUCGGAAUUAUUGGCUGUGUCUGUGGCAUUCUCUGGGUUGUUCUGGUUUAUGAUGACCCUAUUUCUCACCCAUGGAUAAGCAUCUCAGAGAAGGAAUACAUCAUAUCCUCACUGACCAAACAGUUCAGUUCUUCUAGGCCGUCUCUUCCUAUCAAAGCUAUGGUCAGAUCUCUACCACUUUGGUCCUUGAUUUUGUGCUGUUUCAGCCAUCAUUGGUUAGUCAUUGUAAUGACUGUAUACACACCAACUUAUAUCAGCUCUGUGUACAAUAUUAACCUCAGAGAUAAUGGGAUCGUAUCUGCCCUUCCUUUUAUUUUUGCUUGGUUCUUUAGUAUCCUGGGAGGCCUACUAGCAGACUUCCUUCUGACCAAGAAUUUCAGACUUGUUACAGUGAGAAAAAUUGCUACAGUUCUAGGAAAUCUUCCUUCUUCAAUAAUCCUUGCUGUCCUGCCAUACCUCAGGUCCAGCUACAUUACAACAGUAACUCUUCUGACCAUCGCUUCUGGACUUAGCUCACUGUGUCAGUCUGGGAUUUAUAUUAAUGCCUUAGAUAUUGCUCCAAGGCAUUCCAGUUUUCUCAUGGGAGCAUCAAGGUCAUUUGGACUCAUAGCAGGUGUUCUGGUACCCACUAUCAGUGGAUUCCUUCUGAGUCAGGACCCUGAAUUUGGAUGGAGGAAUGUCUUCUUGUUGUUGUUUUUCAUUAACAUAUUAGGCCUGAUCUUCUACCUCAUAUUUGGAAAAGCAGAUAUCCAGGACUGGGCUGAAGAGAAAAAAUGCACUCAUUUAUGA